UGCCAUGAUUAUGGGAUGAUCAAUGACUUGAUAAUCUUCACAAAAGAUGCUGUUUCAAAUGGCAUGCCACUGGCUGUUGGACAGGAAGUUAUUGCUAUUGUUGAAGAGGACAAAAUAUCAAGUGGCUUGAAGGCUAUCAGGGUAGAUGCAGUCCAAACUACAUGGGGAAGCUACAGUACCGCUUGUAAUGCUUCUGAACAACAUGUGAAAAUAUUAAUUGGCAAUAUUACUUCUCUCUGUAAGGAUGGUGGCUACAUUAAUCAGAAUACUCAUUUCACAGUGGAAGAUGUCUGUGAAGGUUUCAAGCCUUGGGUAGGUGACUUGGUGCAAGCACAAUAUUAUAUUAAACCAACAACAUGGAGCAGUGAAGCAGUUGCUGUAAAGCCUUUGAGAUAUAAGCGAGUGGAUAAGGUUCGCAUUUCCAGCAUCUGUGGAAGAAACGGUACUGUGGAUGAGAAUAUAUUUUUCACUUUGGAUUCGUUGAGACUUCCUGAUGGCUAUUCACCUCGUGUUCAUGAUCUAGUGAAUGUGAUUGUGGUGGAGAGCAGUCAGUCAUUUUAUGUUUGGAGAGCUCUCUGCUUGGCUCCAGUCGACCAGAAGGGACAAUCUCCCUGCAACCCAGUUGAUCUGGAUGACCCGUAUGAAAACUUAAUGAGAAACAAAGGAGGGCUGGAAGUAUCAAGAACAACUGAUUUUGGAACUCUGAAGCAGGGGGAAUCUAGAAGCAUGAUUGUUUGGAUAGAGAAUAAAGGGAGUGUACCACAGUCCUUAAUCAGCUGCAGAUUAGCUGGAUGGGUGAAAGACAAGCAAUUCAGUUUUCAGAUUCCUCAAAAAUGCCAGGAGAGUCCAUCAGCGCAUCUGUCAUCUUUUGCAAUAAAUGAAGAAAAUGUCUCAAAUGCUGCAGUUAAUUUCUGUAAUGGCAGUGGAGGAACAACAUAUGAGUCACUGAAUAAUGCGUGCGUUAUGAAGAAUGGAGUCAUUUCAGAUGGAAACAGUCCUCAGGAACGAAAUUUAUCAAAGACAAAAGAAAACGUUUCCCUGGUAAAAGAUGAGAAUCUCUAUAAUGGUGAAAAAGAGCAAAAAGAUGUCGAGCAGCCAGUAAAUCACACUAACAUUACUGGAGAAGUUGUCAUACCACCAGGUGGAAAAACACUUGUAGUGAUCAUAUGCACAGCUGUAAAUCCUGGAUACAGUAAAGAACUCCUGUUGCUUGGUUUUUCUGAUUUUACUAUUGGACGCUAUAUUGAAACCACAGUAACAAAUGAAGCAGAACUACUAAUAGCACCUGUGGAACCAUUUUCUUCAAGAAAGCCUAAAAUUACUUCAGUACCCCAGCAAAGGACGACAACAGUGGUUGCCCCUAAAUGCAAAAGAAACAGCAGAAAGCUUCCAAGCUUCCUCCCGCAUUAUACCGUACCAAAUGAGUUAAGAAGAUGUGUGGAGCAGAAGUUAGAUGUACUGACCUUUCAGCCUCUCCUAGCAGAGGGUCUUAAUAUAAAUAAUUACAAAGCAAAAUUUUCUACUCUCUUGUGGCUUGAAGAGAUCUAUGCAGAAAUGGAGAUAAAAGAUUUUAGCAUGAGUGGCAUUACUUUGAAAAGGAAUGGGAACUUGUUAGUGUUAGAAGUGCCAGGAGUGGAAGAAGGCAGACCUCACCUGAAUACAGGUGAUAAGGUGAUAUUGAAAAGUCAAGUCUACUCUGAGCAUAUAAUAGAGUACGUUGCCUAUAUUACUGAGAUAUGUAAUGAAGAUGUUACUCUUAAAUUUAAUGCAGAUUUUGAACAGGCUUACAACUUGGAACCCAUGGAUGUGGAAUUUGUUCACUGCAGGAUUACUAGCAGACGGUGCCAGUUGGCGGUUGAACAAGCUACCUGUCUGGGUGAAAAAGUUUUAUUUCCAGAACGGCUUCUCUUACGGUCACCACAAGCUAUCAAGACCCAAAAUAUUACUGAGGACUGUGGUGUUGAUGAUGGCCUUGAACAAUAUUCCCAGCAAGAGAGUGAGGUCAAAAAAAUGCAGAACAGACGGACAAAAUGCAUGGCAUCCAGGCAGAUGAACAUACCAGACGUGGUGACAGUUACUGCACAAACAAGCCAACUUGUUGAUGAAACUGCGGCAAUUAAGCAGAGAGCUGGUGAAUUUUUCAAUCCUACAUUGAAUGAGCAACAGAAACUGGCAGUGAAAAGGAUAGUGAGUGGUGAAUGUCGUCCAACGCCUUACAUUCUCUUUGGACCACCAGGAACUGGAAAAACAGUAACGGUAGUCGAAGCUAUUUUACAGAUACAUUAUACUUUACCAGAUAGCCGAAUCUUGGUUUGUGCUCCAUCAAAUGCUGCAACAGAUCUGAUUUGCUUGAGGCUGCAUCAAAGCAAUCUGUUAAAACCAGGAGCUAUGGUCCGAAUCAAUGCUAGCUGCAGAUCACUAGAGCAAAUUGAUGACAUAGUGAAACUUUACUGCAAAGAUGGCGAAGAUAUUUGGAAAGCAUCUUGGUUCAGGAUAAUAAUUACCACUUGUAGCAGUGCAGGAAUGUUUUAUCAAACAGGAGUAAGGCUUGGACACUUCACACAUGUGAUUUUGGAUGAAGCUGGGCAAGCAUGUGAACCAGAGAGCCUGAUUCCUAUCGGGUUGAUUUCAGAAGCUAAUGGACAGAUAGUUCUUGUUGGAGAUCCAAAGCAGUUAGGACCUGUAAUAAAAUCAAAAAUUGCAUUGGCAUUUGGAUUAAAUUUGUCCUUGCUGGAACGACUGAUAUCAAGGGAUAUGUAUCUGAGAGAUGAGGAUGCUUUCAGUGCCUGUGGAUCAUAUAAUCCUUUGUUGAUCACAAAGCUCAUAAAGAACUACAGGUCGCAUUCUGCAUUGCUUGCUUUACCAUCUAAACUGUUUUAUCAUAAAGAGCUGGAAGUUUGUGCAGACGGUUCAGUAGUAACUUCUUUGUUGCAUUGGGAGAAAUUGCCCAGGAAGGGGUUUCCGUUAAUUUUUCAUGGAGUCAGGGGCAACGAAACACGCGAAGGUCACAGCCCCUCCUGGUUUAAUCCAACUGAAGCAGUUCAAGUGAUGCAGUACUGUUGCCACCUGGCUAAAAACGAAAGCACUGCAGUGUCCGUGACUGAUAUUGGAGUGAUCACACCGUAUCGUAAACAGGUGGAAAAAAUUAGAUUUCUCCUGAGAAGCAUUGAUUUGUCAGAUGUUAAAGUUGGCACAGUGGAAGAGUUUCAAGGGCAGGAGCACAUGGUUACCAUCCUAUCAACGGUGCGAUCUCAUGAAGGUGUAUUUAUGGAAGAUAAAUACUAUUUGGGCUUUCUCUCUAACCCAAAGCGAUUUAAUGUAGCAAUUACUAGAGCAAAAGCUUUGCUGAUUGUUGUGGGAAAUCCUCAUGUUCUUGUGAAAGAUCCCUGUUUUUGUGCGCUGCUGGAGUACAGCUUAAUGAACAAGGCUUAUGUAGGUUGUGACCUGCCUUCUGAGCUGGAACGCCUGCACCAAUGUGAGUGAUUUUUCCAGCGUUGAAGAUGCAUUCAGUCCUCUUCUGAUUUUGAAGCUAAGAAUGCUUAACAGAAAUCCAUUUCUGAGCGAAUCCAACACCUUUUGGCCUCAGGGAAAGGCACAUGUUCUGA